AAUACAUAUAUAUUCUGUGUGUGAUUGUGUGGUUCGUGCCAAGCACAUGUUGUAACUUGUAACCGUUAUAUGUACCGGCACUUUCACAAGGAAAGAUACCCGAAAAUGUUUCAAAUUUAAAGACAAGGAAGAGGUGAAUGAAAACAAUUUCAAGUGUUUGCUCGUACAAUUCUAUUUGUUUUUCUUAAUGUAGCAUUUACAAGCUUCAAAUGAACGGAGUAAUGGAUCGUACGAGUAUAGGAAACUCGGUUGCCAGAAGUUUUACGCCUUCUUCGAGGAAACGCAUCUCGAAUGUACAAUCUUUAAAGAAAAAUACUUCAACUAACAGCGUGUCUGGACGUUCAAAUCAAUCGGUUCAAGUAAUAUGUAAUACACCGAAUUAUGUAGUAGAAAGUUUCGGUUCCCCUUUACCUGUUCUUGUCACAGAAGCUUUAACGUUUGUUGAAUCAAAUACCGCUGUCAGCGCAAACAUUUCUGAAGAUGGUUGGGCAUGGCUUGUUUGUGGUCGUAGACUUCUUAUAUGGCAAUGUAAAAUUACAAUUCAUGAUCCAAAACAUAGGAAAGUAUUUAAGAGUCAAUGUCGUGAACUGUUGUUACCUCAGAGCGAUUUAGCUCAUAAAGCGGACUGUAUUGCAAUGUGGAUACCUCCUGGCCACCAGCUUCCUAGUUGCAUGGCUGUAUCACCAGAAGGUAUAGUGCGUUUUUGGACCAGUAUUGCGCAUGAAGGAUCUUCCAUAGAAACAAGUGCAGAACUUACUGGUCAAGAAGUGAAUUGCCUUACUUAUGUUCCUGGGCAUGGUUGCAUUUUGGUUACAACCACGUGUACAGUAGCAUUGUUACAGCCACAGUUUACCAAUGGAAAAAAUAGUAUUUCUUGUCAAGUACUUAGAUCAAGCCAAGGAUGGUUGGGAGGCAUAGGACGUAGAAUGAGUUCUCUUAUAUUUGGAGCCAUACCACAGUCUCCGGUCAUAGAAUCUAAAUUUGUAAAAGUUGCCUGUACAGGAUUAGGUGAUAAAGGAUCCAGAGUCCUUAUUUUAGCUGGUUCAUCUUUACAGUACUGGUCGUUUCCUCAUAAUGAACAAGAAAAAAUGGAAUUUGACGAGGACAUAGGACAUAUUCUUUCACAAGCAUUUCAACGAAAUGUUUCAGCAUUGAGCACUUGUCAUUUACAAAGUAUAAUGACUUGGUUGGUCGACAUGCAAGUUUGCGACGAAGGCAUAGUAUUUUUAAUGGCAGCGCAAUCGGGCGACGGACUCCUUGUUCCAAUUUAUCUUGCUAUUGGUUUAAUACAGUUGUCAUCUACGACAUUGGCAAAUACAUUCAAAUGGUUUGUACCAAUUAAAAAAGAUCUUUUCGGUUGCCCUGAAUCUUCACUAGCUACAGAGCGCCUUAUAUUGUAUGGUAGGGAAGCUAUUGUAUAUGACGACUACAAUGUAAUCGUGAUUAACUGUAUGUCCGAUUUCGAAGAGAAUGAAAUACAAUUAGGAAGACAAGAGGACAAAGUACUUGGUGGUGCCCUGUGUUCUGGUACUCCAGUGUUACUUACAAAAGUUUCGGGGUUGGUAUCGAUCUUGCCAACAGACAUAGGAUCACAAGACUUUAAUAUAAGUUACGUCGACACAAAUGCAAGUACGGAUUAUAGCCACCGAUUCACUGUAGCUGCACAAAACUUCUCUAGUCUAAUUAGCAACGAAGAAGUUCAGGACAUGUUUUACAGUUCCGAUAGCGCAACACAAUUGCGGGCUGCAUUCCUUCUUAGCUUACGUCAGAAUAAGGUGCAGUGCGAAGAAAUUUUAUCGCAAUUAUUCCCCUUGCAAGAAGAACAAGUAAUGGAUAUAGAUGCCAGCCUCGACACUCUGGUUCUUAAAGUUGCUCGAGAUUUAAUUGAUGAUUAUCCGGCAAACGAUCCACGUUGGUCCAACCACAGGGACUUGACGAUGACGAUAAAUGCAGUUACUUCUAUGCAAAUACCUCAUCAAUUAGAAGGGAAACAGAAAGCAUUGGACCUAUAUAUAACAUUCCUGAAAGAACACAAUCUAUGGAACAGAUUUUGCGCCGUUACGCACCGGGGGAUAAUAAUGUCUACGCCACAUGUCCUUGCAGAAUAUUCGGAAAAAAUAAUUGCAGCCUUAACUAUAUAUAAUCUUCAGAACAGGUAUCCAGACAUUGUGGACACUACAAUUGAACAAACACUGAAUCCUGAAUCUUAUGUGUCCGACGAAUUAACAGCACGCGAUAUAUUUUACCGUGAAACGAGUACAAUACAUCAUUUUCUUCCCAUCCUGGUAAAUAAUGCGAACGAAGUAACACAAUCUGAAAGACCUAUUCAGCAAGUGGCGCAUUACAUUAUGCAAGUGAAUGCUAUAUUAUUGAGCGUGUUACACGAAGUACUUAAAUAUCGGCAAUACAAUGCCGAACGAUUUACUACCACAAGAUCUUCAAAUGUUACAACGGAAUAUCUUCCAUGGACAGCUGCAGUUGGAAAACAUGGGCUAAGGAAUUGUCUAACUACAAUGUAUAAUUUAACUUUGAAACACGGCGUGACUGGAACCAACGACUCGAUAGUAAGAAACGAAUUGUACGAACAAUUAGUAAGUUUUAUAGAUUUAAUAUUAGAUGGUCGGAAAUGUCAUUUGGAAAGCGUUAGAGGUCCAGAGAAGUUCGAAAUUCUUAUGAAGCAAUACGAAACAGACAGAACGAAUUUGAUACAACCUUUAAUAAAGGAGGAACAGUACGAUAGCGCAGCGAUGUUAGCCGAGAAGUAUUGCGAUUUCGCAUCCCUGAUACAAAUCUGUGAAUUAACCAACAACAAAAACCGAUUAGACGGAUACAUAGAAAAAUUCUCGGAUCAAGACUUUGUAGGCUUUUUAUUUUCUUGGUAUGUAAAAGAUGGCCGACAAGGUCAAUUAGUAGAAAAAUGUAGACAAGGAGGUACUGUAGAACUAGCAGAAAAGUUAGCAGAACACCCUACAUUAUCUUGGGUACAAUCCGCGUUGACUGACGAUUUGCGGUUUGCUGCUAGUACGCUUCAUUCUUUGGCAGUCGAAGAAACUGAAUUAGUUACUCGCAAGAAGUCCAUGCUUUCUUUGGCAAAAUUAGCUUUGCUCGCUUCCGACGAUCCUGAGAAAGAAGUACAACAACGCUUGGAAAGAAUUGAUAACGAACUGGCGAUGAUAGCUCAUCAAGAAGACUUACCAACCCACGUACUCACUACGUAUGGUUAUGAUAUAGAAAAGUUACGAGUAUUCACACCUACAGAAUUAAUCACGUUAUAUACGUCUGAAGACAAUGUAGACGCAAAUGAAUACGAUUUCAAGAAAGCUCUUGAUUUGCUUGAAUACGUGGAAGACAAAGACGAAACAGAGUCUUUGAAGUUAAAAAUUUGGGCACGAGCCGCAAAGCGAGAUCAGUGGAAUACUAUAGGAAAGAAUCCGGAACAACAGGUGCAGGAAAUAGUUUUCUUUAAAUUAAUGGAUUUGACACAUUUCAUGGGUGGAGUAGCAGAAGAGUUUCUUCCACCAAUUGAUAGGCUACUAGUAGAGCCUGAAUUGGGAGAUCUUGCUGCAUCAAGCAACUUUCAAUUCCUAAUAAAAUUCGUGUACGAGUAUGCAUAUCACAAUUAUUAAACUAUCCGAACGAUUGUAAGUAAGAAUAGAAUUUGUAUUUUUUUAAUGUAAUAAACUUCUAUCAUAUUCAAACUGUUAUAUGUAUAAUGUUUGGAAUAAUUCUGUUAGCUUGUAUCUUUUAGAAUAGUAGAAAAAGCGUACACAGAUAUACAUAUACAUACAAAAAAUAAAUUCAAGAUUUGAUGUGGUUUUUUUUAAAGUUUACGUUAAUGCACGAUACGCCAAUAAGAGCACAAAGAUUAAUGAGAUCGGCAUUGAUUUUUUAUCAACAGAAUUUUUGUAAUAAACAUUCUGUGUCCUUAUGAUGAAUCUUACUUGAUCCGGUGUACGGCAAUCUAUCUCUGUAAUAAAAACGUGUACCCUUAUA